AGGGCGGGCCCGGCCGGCCGGAGCGUCGGCGUCGCUCCCGCGCGGGCGGCACUAGGCCGGCUUCUCGUCAGGGGUCCGGGGCGCGCGCAGGGCCGCCGGGUCGCGCGGCGUGGCGGCUCCGGCGUCGGCGGGGGGGCGUUGUGUCGUGACAAGGACGCCGGCGGCCGUGUCGGCGACAGCGGGUGUGCAGCCGCGGCGGCCCCGAGCGGGCUCGGGCGGCCGGCCGGCGAGGCGAGGCGAGGCGGCAGGCGGCUGCUCGCGCGCACCCUUCUCCUCGGCGGACCCGGCACCCAGCCGCGACGCUGAGCCAACCGCCGGAGCGGCGGGCAAUGGCGGCCUCGACGGCCUCGCACCGGCCCAUCAAGGGGAUCUUGAAGAACAAGAGCUCCGGCACGGCGCCCCCGGUGGUGGGCUCGGCCGAGCAGCCCGGCAGGAGCGUGGACGAAGAGCUGAGUAAAAAAUCUCAGAAAUGGGAUGAAAUGAACAUCCUGGCAACAUAUCAUCCCGCAGACAAAGACUAUGGUUUAAUGAAAAUAGAUGAACCUAGCACUCCUUACCACAGCAUGGUAGGAGAUGAUGAUGAUGCAUUGAGUGAUUCAGAAACCAAUGAAGCCAUAGCCCCAGCUCUCUUAGCUAAAAAACUAGCUGCUGCUGAAGGCUCUGAGUUAAAGUAUCGAGUUCAUGACCAAGAAAGCAGUGAAGAUGAGGAUAAUGACCUCUCACCUGAAGAACAAGAAAAAAAGCGACAGUUUGAAAUGAAAAGGAAGCUUCACUACAAUGAAGGACUGAAUAUUAAAUUAGCUAGACAAUUAAUUUCAAAAGAUCUAAAUGAGGAGGAAGAAGAAGAUGAAGAAAUGUCAGAGGAUGUUACGUCUGGAGGAACUGUGAGCAUGGAGGAAUCAAGUCAAGGAUCUACUUCAAGUGACCAACUGAAAAACCAAUCACAGAGUUCAUAGAAGAAAUUUGUUCCACACUGUAAUUGUCAUACAUGAACCCUCUUCUUUAAUACACAAUUUAUCACAAUUAAUGACUUACGUACCAAAAUGCAUAUGUUAUUAUAUAUUGCCAAGAAUUAAAUAAUCAGAGUGAACAUGCCUAAUCGAUGCGUAUAUCUUUUGCCUACUAAAUACUUUACCACAAAAGCAGUAUAAUGUCAUCAGUCCAAAACCAAAUUACUUUUGUAAGAAUACUGGUUAAUUUGUGUAGAUAGUAUAUAGCUUUUUAUGCUUAGAGGAUAAAUAUCUUUUGGGGUGGGGGAUGGUUCUAAUUUAUGUUCUUUCCUAGAUAGGAUAGCGCUUAUAAAGUUUUUUUUUUUAUCAAAAUUCAGUUGAAACAACAGUUUAUAUAGGCUGAUAAGUGUUCAGUCUGAAAAAUAUUUUAACAUGAUGUAGCUUUAACUUGAUUUGUUUAAUUGAAAAAGAUUAUCAAAGUUACUAUUGCCUUUUCUAGACUACUACAACUUUUCUGUUGACUUUUUUUACAAAGGAAGAAUUGACCUUUUUCUCAUCAAAACUUUUUCCACAAAUAUAUAUAUAUAUCAGGUGAAACUUGCACUAGUGUCUGCUCUGACCGUUUUAUAUACUCAGUGGGCAGCUUCAGAUCAGUUUUAAAAUAAAUAUGCUAACAUAGUUUCAGCAUUCCCUUUGUGUAAUGUGCUGUGCCUCUUGCCGUUAUUUCUUAAUUGCUUUCAGCACAUACGUACACAAUAUUUUACCUUUAUAAAGGCUCAGAAAGAUUGUCAUGACUUUAGGAACACUUUCUUCUCUUACAUAUUUUAUUAUUUGUUGUAACAGUGACAUUAUUAUUUUACUAUCAAUGCUGUUCUUCUAAGCCAUGGAGAAAAUAGACUUUCUUGCAGCAUUACUGUAGACAGGAAAUGAAUUUCAGAAUCUCUUCACCUCUCUGAUUUAUAGCUUUGGAAUCAAAUUACUAUUACUAGUUUUGUUUGACUUAAUUAGACCUUAGAAAACAACUUAGUGAGGGUUUUUUGUUUUCUAGUUUUUUUUGGGGGGGGUUAUUUUUCAGAAUAAAGGAAUUGUGUGUUAUUAUGAUCAUAUCUGAAUGUACAGACAGGGAUAAUCCUGAAUACGUUUUAAUUUAAAAACUUAGUCCCUGCUUUAAGGGAAUAUGAUAAUGUAUAUUAUGACAAAUAUACUUUAUUCUUCUAACAGUGAGUUUUGAAUUGUUUUUCUUGGAAUGAAGUGCAGUUCUGUGUAUCUGGUUUAGUGAUGGUUUCAUUUCUAGUCAGUUGUCUGUGUCUUAAUUUUUUGUUAGUACAUUAUAUAAACACUCAGUAUAAUUUCUAUAUAUUGUAUAUAUAAAAGUUUUAUUGAACAGCUUGUCUUCCACUUGCAAGUUAGUGGAAAUAUCAAUAUGUCGAAUAAAUAAAAAAGUGGGGGACUUCUUUGCUGUUAAAGGAAUGUGCUUAUUUUGAAUGUCUUUUUUUAAAAUGGGAUCCAAUCAAAGUACUUAUGAAAUGCAGUGUAGUAUUCUAACUAAAACAUAUUAGCUAGUAAUACCAUUGAUUUAUAAACAAGCAUUUAUCUCUACUUUCUGAAUUUAUAAUAUUGAGAUAUGCUUACCUGUUGAAACCUGUUUGGGAAGCUUGUCAUUAUGUGUGUACAUAUAUUUAUGCACACAGAGCAGUUUUUGGCUUUCUCGUUUUGAGUUUUUUUAGAGAGUAUCUACUUACUCUAUUUAUAGAAAUAGCUGUAGUGCAGUAAACAUAUUAUUCUUUUGGUGUUUUCUACGUACUAUUUCUUGAAACUUAAACAAUAGACAAACUGAGGGUAGAUGGCUAUCUCGGAGCAGUAAGACAUAGCAAAUAUUAUGCUCAUAGGUAGAUGUAACUGAAUAAAGCUGUUUGCAGAGCUCAGAGGUAGACUGUAGGCUUGCAUGUACUGGAUUAUAUAUCCCCUGCACUGCCCAAAACAAACCCAACUUUCCAUUAUGCUACGAGUUCCUAAUUUGACAAUGGUAUUGGACUAUAUAGUUAGACUUUCCUGUGGAGAAAGUUACCUUUCAGCGUUCAAGUCUAGCCAAGAUAGAUUUUCACUUUCGGUUUAUUAAUGUCACUUCCUCGUUUAACCCUUGGUGUCAUAUUUUCUGUUUAUUUCUUUUUCAUUCUGAAGUUCACAGAUGCUCCUUAUAAUCCGAGACAGAAUGGUACAAAUGAAUUGUUAAAAGCAGGUUAAAUUGCCAUUUUCCCCUAGACUUUGAUUUUUGUUUACAUGAUUCCUUUAAGUUAGUACAGAAACAUGUUGUAAUAAAAUACAGUCCUCUUGACA